UCCAUUAGCACACAUCUCCAUUCUUGUACUUGUACAAAUCACUCAAAAAAUUUAAGAUUAUCAUAGAUUCAUAGUCAUUCACAUACUCGAAUGCAUUACCUUUGAAGCUUCAUCGUGAUCAUCGCUAUGAUUCCUGCUCUCACUCAACCUUCUACUUUUACUUGAGCUUAUAAUUCAGAAUCAUACACAUCCUCCAUCUCUCUCUAUCUCUCAAGUCUCUACAGUACUAAUAGUAGGGUUGGAGAUAAAGGUCAAUUGUGAAGGAAACACAGCUUAUUUCAUUGCCAGCAGUGCUUACUAAGAACUCUCACAGGGAUCGGCUUUGUUAAUUGUAGUAUUCAGUGGUAUCACAAGAUGUUCAACAAACAAAACACAGCUGAAUCAUCUCGGUUGUCCAAGUCUACAUCUUCAAAAGGUGUCCAGCUUCUUCAUGUCCAUGGUGUGCCUUGUACUUUGGACAUAGAACUUCUUGCUGCAAGAUCAGGCAAAAUAGCUGCAUUUAUUAAAGAGAACUCCCAUGAAGAUCUUUGUCAUUUCCUCGAAGACAUUCCAGCUGACCCAAAUACUUUUGAGCUUAUUGCCAGAUUCUGUCAUGGGUUUGAACUGCAGAUUUCAACCGAGAAUGUUGUACCCCUCACUUGCCUUGCUUACUACUUGGGGAUGAAUGAAAGUCACAGCAAAAAUAAUCUCUUAAUCAAGACUCUUACCUUCUUUGAGCAAAGAAUCCUACCCAGCUGGAAUGAAACCAUUAAGGCUCUCCUUGCUACAGAAAAUAUUUUGCAACAAGCAGUGCAUUUUGGCAUAGUUGAUGCCUGUUUAAAGUCUAUUAUUGAAAAGGCAAUUGUUGACCCUUGCCUUCUUGGUGAACCUAUCAAGAAUUUGACCCAUGCUGAUAACAAUGAGGACACUGAUGAUGUGAAUAGGCCAAAUGCAAGGAGAAGGCUAUUUGGAUUUGAAGGGAAAUCAGAGGAUUUGACAAUGCUGCCUCUCCAGCUAUAUGAGCCCAUCAUUGUUGCAGUGAAAAGGCAUGGAGUCCCAUCAAAGUAUGUGGUUGCAUCCCUUUGUAAAUAUGCAAAGAAAUGGGUUUUACACAAAUCCACAGGAUGUGAAGAAAUGACAAUUCACAGGGAAGUCAUUGAAACCGUGGAGAGGCUUCUGCCUCAUGAGAGAGGACUCAUUCCAUGCACGCUAUUGUUUGACAUGCUUCAGUCUGCAAUUGUUUUGGAAGCUAGUGCUGAUUGUAGAAAUUGUUUUGAGACUAGGAUUGGAAAACAACUAGAUGAGGCAACAGUCAAGGACCUCUUAAUACCUUCUCAAGGCUAUGCUAAGGAAGUACAAUAUGAUAUUGAGUGUGUGAGGAGGAUACUGAAAAUUUUCUAUACAAAUUACACUUGUUCAGACGUGUCAGGGCUAAUCACAGUGGCGGAACUCAUUGAAGAAUUCUUAGCUGAGGUUGCAAGUGACAUAGAUUUGAAGCCAGACACAUUUAUUUCAUUAGCAGAAAUGUCAAUUGCAGCUUCAUUGGGAACUCAACGAGGCGCUGAUGGAAUAUACAAGGCUAUUGACAUCUACUUGGUCAAGCAUAGAUACCUAACAGAGGCAGAGAGGGAGGAAGUGUGUCGGGUUUUGGAUUGCCAAAAGAUGUCCCCUGAAGCUUGUGAACAUGCAGCCAAAAAUGAAAAGUUGCCGCUAAGGGUUGUGGUGCAGGUUUUGUUUAUAGGGCAAUUGAAGCUACGUGACACAAUCACACAGGAGAUGCAGGCUUCUUAUGACAAGUUGAGAAAGGAAGAGGAGGAUCUAGCAAGGCUAGAUUGUGGUGAAGAACAAGCAAGGACAGGAAUGGAGAAAAUGAGCAACAAGGUGAUGGAGCUAGAGAAGGAAUGCAAUAUGAUAAGGAAAGAGAUUGCGAGUGUAUGCAACCAUAAUGUGAAGAAAGAGAAGGGUAACAUGUGGAGAGAAAUGAAGAGGAAGUUUGGAUGUGUCACUACCAUGCAUCAUCCCAACUGCCAAAUAAAGAAGAUGAAGAAGGUGAAUCCAAAUAUGGAGUAUGACCUUUAGAUGGUUGUUCCAUUUCUUAUUUCCUUUCCAAGUAGUUAGGCUUUCUUUCCCUCCCUCAUUUUAGCUUCCAUGGUUCCUUGAAUAACAUGACCGCAGUCCUUUGUUUAGUGCCAAUAAUUUCUGCAGUUUUUGAGUUCCUAGUACUCUUUUAGAUUUUUCAGUAUGAUCAUCAAAUUUUAUAUCUAAAAUUUCAAACUAGUGCGACUAAUAUUUCACUAGUGAUGAUUAUGGAAAAAGCUAUGGAAGCUUGGAAU